UUACUUCCGUUUCCGACUGACUUUUAGUCUUUAGUCCUAAAUUUUCUUUUUUCCUACAAACAUCAAAUUUGGCCUGCAAGAUGUCCGCUCCGGAGAACAGUUGUCGGCGUCUGGUCGAAAAAAACUUUGUCCCAGGACCAUGUCGCAAGUGCUUUGAGUCCACCUGCGGCCCAUGCAUCGACUACAGGAUACCAACGCCGCCAGAGGUCGUAGGUGAACCAGGUGCUAUUAUCAUAGAAUCUCCGCCGCCACCACCCACCAUUGAACCGGAUGCACCCGUGCGGCAACAUAUCAACAUUCGGGCUGAGUGCAGCAAGGGGCGCCCGCUCUUGGAGUCCGACAAGGAUAAGCUGAGGUGCUGCACCAUGUGCGUGGCCCAGGAGGAGAAUCUUCGUGGCAAUCUCUGCUCUGCGGCGUGCAGGCCACUUCAAACUCUAUUGCACCUGAAUGAGUGGACCAAGCGGCCUCGGCCAAAACCCACCUACAAGCAUUCGGUUAUCCUGGACAAUAACACCAUGGCAGGUCGAUGUUUUCCCAUCAAAUUCCAGCUGAAACGCAUGAAGAACAAGUGCCUGGACUGCGGCAGGGAUCUCUACUUCCGGUAUCCCAUAACAAACAAUAGCGACCUGCUGCUUAUAAAGAACUGCUGCGAUGUGGAAGUUUAUCCAGCUUCGAAGGUGGAGAACAUGAACAACGUGAGGGUCACCAAGAUAUCGGGAGUCAAGAAGUUCGCCAACAGUGUGUUGAAGGAGCGGUCGGAAUGCCGCUUGUUCACCCUAGCUAGCCAAAUUCCGCGUGUGAAAUCAUCGUUGGGUAUUAACCUUAGGUCAAGUACUAGACAGAGCCGAAGGAGUACCAGAAAAAGCAGGAAGAGCACCAGGAAAAGUUCCAGGAAAAGUAGGAAGAGUACUAAAUAAAAUGAAGUAACAAAAACACGGACUGACUAUAAAUAUCAACGAAAUUGAAUAACUAAUACUAAAUUUAGUCUCCAAAAUAUUAAAAUAAACAAUAAAAAGGCAUAAACUUAA